AAGCAGAAAACGACACACACAAAAAUGACUGAAUGAAACACAAGAAAAAGGAAAUUCGACGAAAAACAAAGGAAAAAAAACACUCAAAGCAGAAAACGACAAACACAAAAAAAUAAGUAAUGCUGAAAUUUGUGCCGUUAGAAAAAAAGAACAUUAGAAUGAGUAAAAAUGUUUAGUGAAGGGAAAACAAAAUUAAGUGAAAAGUGAAAUAAAUGAUAUCACAGACUGGAAGAACUACGAGAUGAUGGCACAGAAGAAUCAUUAAUGGCGUAAAAAUAGACAGAAAACACUAAAAAAACGAAAAACAAAUGACAAUCUACCUACUUUAAAGACAUUUCAGUAUACCCAAAUAUCGUAGAGGUAGCAACACAUACCACUUAACCACUACUACUACUACUACCAAUACUACAAGCUACUACAAUUUUUUUUACAGCUAAGGAGACAGUAAAAAAAAAAUCCCGCUACUUACUGCUCCUGAAUAGAGGUCAAAGGAGCGUCCAAAAACAGAGGUCAGUUUCGGGAGGAGAGGUGUCCUUUUACUAAACAUCGAGGUGAAACGAUUUUUCUCUCACGUUCCUCUUCGGCGUAGCUUAAUCACGCUACCCACGGGAGGGAAAACACUGGAUAUUACCGCUAUUAAAGCCCUGGACCUCCACCACCGUCAUCAGUGUAAGAGGACCAGGCGGCGGUGAGGCAUGAUGGCAGCCGCUCAGACACUCCCGCCCGAGACAGGAGACCCACGAACAGCAGAAGGCGACGCAGCAGGGCCAUAGAGAGUGUCCUUUUUACUAUGACACAGCCGCCGAGGGAGCAGAAUGGGGCCCUCGCUCGCCACUACAGCCACGCAACCACCACACACCACCACCGCCACCACCUCCACCGCCACCCUGCCGACCGCUAACCUGCCCCCCUUGCCACUCUCGCCCCCCCACUCCACCACCCCCUGCUUCCGCUAUGGCCAUGUAUUUCUACGCCUCGAGGCUCCAAGUGCCCUUCCUCAAGGGGCUCCCGCAGACGCCGAAGAGUGGAGCCAAGGCGUGUCCCUUCAACGGGGUAGACCACGGGGCCGACCCUCCGGAGUGGGCCGUCUCACCAGAUGAUGACAACUCCCUGGUGUAUGAGGAUGGCGUGCUGGUGUCGGGGUCGCUGCAGGCGCUGGUCCAACACGCUGUGCCGACCGCCGUCUACUACCCCGACACAGCCUACCUCUUCGCCUUCCUGCUGUCAUCGCGGCUCUUCGUCAAGCCCCAUGAGUUAUUGCAGCGGGUUUGCGAGGUUGGCUUCACGCAGCAGGGCCUCAAGGACAACGACCUCUCCACCAUUAACAAGGACAAGCUGGGUCGGUUCGUGGCCCACAUGGUUCAGCUGCUCGGCGAGUGGAGUGAGACCUUCCCCUAUGACUUCCGGGACGAGCGCAUGAUGGGAAGCGUUCGCACAAUGACGCACCGCUGCAUCGCGCUCCAACCCGCGCUGCGCCGCGACGUGACACAGGUAGGUCUCCUCCGCCCAGACCCCUCCCCGCUGACUCCCACGAUCACCUUGAUAACAUACCGGUGGAUAUCACGGAGGUGUAUAAGUCCCCUGGUCAUGGCGCAACAAGCUGACCCACGUGGAACUGGAGGUUAUCGUAUCGCUGGAGGAAUUGUGCAAGCCUUCUGCCAAGGACACAACCUGGACGCGUGCUAUAAGGACCUCAAGAAGACUAGCAACCUCGAGUGUUACAUUCGAUUCAAUAGACUCUCCUACUCUGUGACGUCAUCCCGCUGCUCCCACGUGAAGAGGAAGCAGCGAGUUCGGGUCAUCGAGUGGUGGGUAGAGGUCGGCCGCGAGUGCUUCAACAUUGGCAACUUCAACUCCCUCAUGGGCAUCAUCGCGGGGCUGAACAUGUCAACCGUGUCUCGCCUCAAGAAGACAUGGAGCAAGGUGCAGAGUGCCAAAUUUUCCGUGCUUGAGCAUCAGAUGGACCCUUCCAGCAACUUUUCCAGCUACCGGUCCACCCUGAAGGCAGCCAUGUGGCGGAGCGCGGGGGCGGUGGAUGACAGACAGAAGAUUGUGAUUCCAUUCUUUAGCCUGCUGGUGAAGGAUCUGUACUUCCUGAACGAGGGAUGUGCUAGCAGGCUACCCAACGGCCACAUCAACUUCGACAAGUUCUGGCAGUUGGCCAAGCAGGUGACGGAGUUCAUGGCGUGGAAGCAGGUGACGUGCCCCUUCGAGCGCGCACCGGACGUCAUCCACCACCUGAACACCGACCCCGUGCUGUCCGAGACGGGCCUGGCCAUGGCGUCGUUUGAGUGUGAGGGACCCGACAAUAGCUACGAGAAGGAACGCUACAAAAAUCUCAAGGCAGACACACAGCAGUCAGCCGAGAGGGAGUGAAGCGUGCCUGGCUCAGAACACAAGCUCCGGACAGCAAGGAAUAAGCUAUAUGCAAAGCGAACACCAGCAUGAUCAGAAGUGUCGAAGGCAAGAUGGUUAAUGUACAUAACACACAGUAAGGUAGAAAAUGUGUUGCGUUUGCCCUGGACAAGAAAAGUUCACUCGUCGGAAAAUUACCAAGUGUUUUUGCUCACGAGGGAAAUCUCUGGAUAUGUCAAGAGUUGGUGUGAAUUGAGGCUCAAGGAAAUGGUUAAACACAGGUAUUUCCUCCUCGUAUUCCAAGAAGCUGAGGUGGCUAUGAGUGUCUCUCCCCUGGCCGUGAUGGCACCGAGUCGAGGCGGAUUGCAGAAAAGGAAAACGGACCUUGAGAGUUGCUCGGAAAUUGUGUUGUAAGGCUGCAGUGGGGAUAUCCAGGGCCCAGAGCGGCCAGUGGGGAGAGGCUCACACCCUUUGCCCAGCACCCGUGUGACCUGGGGGUGGCAUGGGGGAGUGCAGCCCAUCAUAGCGAGGCCGGUGAGCAGCGAGUGAAGGAAAACCUGUCUCUUGCCGUCUCAUUGGAGCGGCAACUGCAACAAAAGUGAAAUAAAGAUAUGUAAGGAAAAAGAUACGGCUUAGGUCCAUCACGGAAGUAAAAAAUCAAUAAAUAUUAAUGUGAUGCUGGAACUCAAAGGGAUUUUCAAAGUGUAGAUUAUAUUUUAGCAGCGACGUCAAACAACUCCGGACAAAGUGGAAACGCUGUUGUGGGUUCUAUUUCUCAAUGACUUAUGUUCCAAGCAGCAGAUUCUUUGCCCAUUACUCGCUUGUCCUCUGCCGGUUCUGCUGUUUGUGUGUGUGUGUGCGUGUGUGUGUGUGAGAGCGUUGCAGUAGUAAGGUCUGUGUCCCGGCCUGCCCGCCUCUGGGAUACACACGACUCAUCCCUUGAGCGAUUGUAGCAGGAAAAUAUAUUGCAUACGGACUCGUUUUACAUGCUGUGAGGCCUCGUUGCACAGAGGGUUGGGAGCCACAGUGUACAUGUUUCCCGGAAGGCAGAAAUAGCGACACACAGCAGGCCUUGCUCUGAGAAAUACCUGCACCGCGUCACUCUUCAACGGUCACAAGUAUUUCGACCGAAGCCUGCACGUCUUCCCCCAGUGCGUCGAUGAUGUCUGCUGGAUAACACCUUUGCAACGGUAACGAGAUCGCCUGUCCGUGCAUAUGAGAGGAAGAUUUCUGCAGUGGUGUGUCUGGGUGCGACAACUGGAGCGGGCUUGUCUGGCGGAGAAAUGAGAGGAAUCACGGGGCUCCACAAACUCCCACGGACAGCGAAUCAGGUUUUCUCUACAUGCAGAUCGAGGCACAGUGUUACACCCGCCCUCAACGUACAUGUGCGGGCGAGAAGAUUGUACAGUCACUAAUCAUAAGCGUCUUGUCAGGGACAUUCCACAGAAGUAGCCGAUCUGUCAAGGCUACCGGCGCGUCAUUGAUCGUGUUGGCUGCCGUAGAGUGGUAGGCGAGGUUUUCUGGUCGAACUGUCUGUUGUUUCACCGACCUCUGAUUCUGUUUUCACUGUACAGUCGUCCCUCAAAUAGUACGGUUUCCAAUAGUUCGAUUUCGGUUCUAUACGGAUUGUCAUAGAUCUUUUUGGGUUUUUAAAUUUCCUGCUUGUCGCGAAAUUUAAAAAUCCUAAAAAAACAUCUUAGAAAAUCCACAUAAAACCAAAACCGAACUAUUGGAAAGCGUACUAUUUGAGGGACUACUGUAUCUUGUUUUGGAGAGACACUGAAGUUUUUAUUAACAUGUUAUAUAUAUUGAUUUUACCGCCUUGAUUAGAUAUUGAUAUAGAAUUAUAUUUUUAUCCUAUUUAUGUAUGCAUGUACUUAAUUAUUUUCUUUCAUUAUUAUCUAAUCAACGCCGCAGGUCCUCGAGUAUACUUUCCACGCACUCUUCACUGUCCUUAAUUUCAUGGUGGCGUAACAAGGGCGAAGUGCGGUAGGUGAAAAGUGAAGAGUAUGUUGGCGUUGGUCUGCACCGCGCCACCACAUCACAAGAUCACCUGGUGGCCCUGUGCUGCCGUGGGACGCUGGCUACACAAGCGGCCUUCACUGUGCCCUGUGCCGGAGAGCUGGAAAGGGGAUGAGAAUGUUGAGGCUCCGGGGCGGCUACAAACACCAGGGUCCUGUGGCCAUUUCAGGCGUAUAUCUGAUUCGUUAUGAAAUAUUGGAAUGUACGCAAAGAUUGUCUGCAAAUGUAUGAGUGUGAUUUUUGAUGGCCAUGUAUGUUUGUACGGUUCUGAUACUGACUGCACCAUCCUCUCUCUCUCUCUCUCUCUCUCUCUCUCUCUCUCUCUCUCUCUCUCUGAGGUGCAAUCUGUUGUCGUAAAUAGAUCUGAUUGUUUAUAUUGAAUUUCCCAGUACAUGUGAGUUAUUGAAAAGAGAUUAUAGUGUAGAGGUACGUGCAACUGUGUGUGUGUGCGUAUGUGUGUGUGUGUGUGUGCGCGCGUUGAAACACUGAUCACGUUGAGUUUGAAGUCUGUGUACGUGUGAGGUCGUGAACGCCUUUCAAGUCUGUCAUGUGUGUACAAAUUGUUUAAACCAAAGAUGGACUAUUCCCCUCAAAACUGUGUGUGUGUGUGUGUGUGUGUGUGUGUGUGUGUGUGUGUGUGUGUGUGUGUGUGCAUUAUGGAGUACAGUACAGGGAGGCACAGUCAUUUUCUGUGGCUCUCUCUAUAUAUAUAUCUACAUGUAUUUACCUUGUGUAGAGUUACGUGGAGCCAGACUGUAGAUGUGUGCACUAGGAUCCCUCUGUAACACCCCAGUGGUUAACACACACACACACACACACACACACACACACACGGGAUAAUACAACACGAUAAACAAACCUAAUAUUUUGUCAAGCACUCUACCUCCGCGGAAUGAGACCAACGUUCGGUGUCAGACUCGGCUAUGAAGUCUGAUUGGCGCCACAGGAGGGGCCAUAUUUUCAGACACUCCGGCGCCCUAGUCACAUAUCUAACAAGGCUUGCAUAAGAGUUUGAGGGAUUUCCAUGGGUAGAUUUAUGACCCUGGUGGUAGUUUGACCUUUCUCCUGUACCGUGAACCUAAAAAGACGCUCGUUGCAAUCCCACUGACCUUCUUUUCAGCAACAGAUCAGUUUCGCUAAUGCCAUAUAUUGUGUGAAUCGCCACAGUGAACCAGCUGGUGUUGAUAUCUCUUCCUACGUGAAAUAAUUAAAUAUGCAAAUCACGUACACAGCAAAAUAUCGUCACCCUCGUAAAAUAAUCACCCAAGUCAUUUUUUAGCGAUUUCCAGGUUUUUGUCUACAUCAAUUUUCCAUGUGACGCCCAUUUCUGUAUAGUUGCCUUCGUCAUUCAAGGUUUCAGUGUUAUAGAAUUGGCCUUUUCAUUUUCUGCCUAUAUCUUAAGCCACAUGAGAUAAUGGCAGUUCUUUUCUGAUUUCCUGUAAAGUAGAAAAUAAUAGGGGGUUUGUUUACGGAGGUGAUGAUAUACUCCAUACGAAUACCUCUUGACACACUGCCUGGAUUGGGGGUUCUGAUGUGGAAGUUUAGGGUUGAGAGGGAGCGUGGCGCGUCCAUCCCUCCCUUUCCAGUUUCUUUCUUUAACUUCUGGCUCACAACCGAGAGAGCCCGGGUUCGAUACCCAGGCGGAGUGGAAAAACUUGGGCGGCUUUUCCGAUACCCUACGCCCCUGUCCACCCAGCUGUGAAUGGGUACCAGGUAUUAAUCGGGGGUUGUGUCCUGUCUCCUGGGGUCUGUUUCCUUCUCCUAUAAUUCCUUCCCCUUCUGUCUCUCUCUCCGGCAUAUGACCACAGAUGUUGCGCCGACUAAACGAAACUUUCCAACUUCUUUCCCGUCUCCUGGGGUCUGUUUCCUUCUCCUAUAAUUCCUUCCCCUUCUGUCUCUCUCCGGCAUUUGACCACAGAUGUUGCGCCGACUAAACGAAACUUUACAACUUUAUCUUCUGACACCGUACCUAAACUAACCGACACACAUGGCCAGUUCCACAGUCCAACACAGCCAUUGUACGCGCCCAAAGCAAACUAUAUCCUCCACAAUGAUCCACAAUUUCUACUCAAUACCAGAUACGUACUAAUAAAGAGAUUUUCUGUGUGGUUUCCUAAAAUUUCAUCCUCAUUUCUUACAUCGAUGCCAGCCGAACACUGAACAAUACGAACAAAAAUUCAACAAUCACCCUCGUAGUAAUGUAAUAGUGUACCCCUCCCUCCCUUCCUUCCUCCCUUCUAUAAAGAAUAAAGAGGAAAUUAUUAUUAACGAAAAAGUACAUAGGAAUUUUUGUCGGAUUUUGUGUUUGGUUAGGGAGCUUACAAAUUUGGGGCCGGUUCCACAGUCCAACACAGUGUCUUCGUAACAGCCCGAACCAAACUACAGAAUCCCAUACAAUCCAAAACGGUGAGGUCUUCGAUGCCACACUAAAUACACAAGACUUUUCCUGUAUAGUUUCAUCAAAUUUGUGAACUUAUAAACACCAGACACUAUACAAGGAAAUUUCCAAGGCUUUGGUAUUGGUUUGGGAGCUUACUAACCCAUCAUGGGGAACUGUGGAACUGAACCAUUGUUUGUUUCGAUCGUUAUCAAUGGCGGCUGCGGGGUUAGCCAAGCCUUGCACCUUGCCACACACUCUCACAACCUCUCGUUUCCUCUGCAGCCUCCACUACCCCAUAGGCCAGUUUCACGUGGAAAAUUAUAGCGUCGAUCGCCGCCAUUGGUGACGAUCAAAACAAAGAAAUGACUGUGGAAGCGGCCCGAGUUUGUAAGCCCCCUAACCAAACCUGUGUUCUUUUUCAUAAGUAACAAUUUCCUCUUUUUAUUUUUUAUAGAAGGUAGGAAGUGAUCGAGGGAGACGGGGACUAUGACUACGAGGGUGACUGUUGAGUUUUUGUUAGUGUUGUUCAGUGUUCGGCUGGCAUCGAUAUAAAAAAGGAGGUGGAAAUUUUAGGAAACCACACAGAAAAUCUAUUUAUUAGUACGUAUCUGGUAUUGUUUGGCCGCCCGUAGUAGGACUGUAAAAGUGGCCUACAGUCUGGCUCCCGUCGGUAACCUCUGACUGUCCACUCUUCGCUGGACAAUCCCAUCGCCAGUGGAAGUAGCCGAACAGACAGCAGUAGGUCCAUAGUGAUUUAACGGGCGAGGGUCGUAGAGUAAUUAUGACUACUGAGUAACAGCGGUCGUCUAGCCCACUGCACUGUACAUAAAAUAAAUAAAGAAAACAUUUUGCAGCUUA